AUGAAAGACCGUGAGCGGGGGGAAAAGGAGCAGCAGCUGUCAGCGGCAGAGAAGAGACUGAAACUGGCUGCAGAAGAAACGCAGAACUACAGGCACCAAAUUGAUCAAAUGCGACAACAAGUGCAGCAAGCAGAGUUCACCUUCAGACACCAGAUGGCUGUGUAUGAGAAGAAUGCUCACGACAAUUGGAUCAAGGCUCGGAUUUGGGAGAGGGAGAUAGCAGAGCAGAGCAGGGAAGCCGCCCACUUGAAACACAGAUUGGAGAUAAUGUCCAAAAAGAGGCUGCCCGAGGGAUACAGCCUGCACAAACCAACGUCGGGAAGACCUGGGAUGCAGAACCCUCCACAGAGAGAUCCGGGACCUGGUGCUGCGGCUGUGAGGAGCAGCAGCUCCGGGGGCAAGGUAAGUGCUGUGGUCAUUUUCAGUCAAAACACAGGCCCCGGGGUGCCCAGCUCCCCAGAGGUCCUGGUGCCCGUGGGCAGACCCCGAGCGGAGGAGAAGACCCCUUUGUCGGGGAGGGAAGCUGAGGCGGGGGACGGGCAGGGCAGGGGCCUGCAGGCAGAGCUUUUCCCCAGGAGCAGCUCGGCUUCCAGAGACACGGGUGGUGACGUGUGGUGA